GCUGCGCACACCCCUACAUACGAUUACAGAUGGUACCGUCCUGAGAAUGUAAUCGCAGCCCCGUAAGGUGAACCAUUCCUAGUGCAUUAAGGCAGGCGAAACGUGGGGCUGCACUGAUUAUAUUAUCUCAGUGAGUACGUGUACGUGUGUGUGUGUUACCGCAACCUUACGAUUCAACCUGACACUGGCGUUAGUGUCUGUACGGUGAACCUUAAGCGUACGGGCGGAGCCGGCGUCACCUUAAGGACGUGCGUACGUGUGUGACGUGGAGCAAAAAACACGGGCGGUCGCCGGACGAUUCGAACACAAAUUAAGACGACAUUACAACUGACCUUUAACAGAGACUGACCUUCAAAUCGUUAGAGGAGCUACCGGAGAGAAAAACCGUAGGUACGAGCGCCAUGGCACAGACGGCUUCUGUCUGCUUAUGCGUCAUGAUGGUUACCAUGGUGAUGAUCUUGAUGACGUCAGACGGACGAAAUGCGGAUGCGGUUUCCAUUGUAAAGAAAAAUGACGUCAGUCCCAAAGAGGGAAGAACUGCAGCCCUUCCAGCCGCCUUCAAACAGAAAAAGGAACUCAGAAAACAUUGGCAGCCCUUUGAUCAGGCGAUAUCCAAUGCUAUAGAUGAAACUGCAGAAGGAAAGACGUAUGUUGGGAGGCACCUGAUGCAGAUAUGUACAAAGACAGAAUGUGGACAGAAACACAAGAAAAUCCAUGCAGUACGGAGAGCUGUGCAGAGGAUGCUAGGUAUCAAAGCAGGCCAGACGACGUCAGAUGGGCUCAUCACGUUAUGGGGAGAAACCUGUGGAGAGCCGUGUGACAACACUCCUCCUGAUGUCAUCAUGGACGGGAUACACUAUGAGAUUCGCCGCCCCAAGGAUGUGGAGAGGAUUAUCCAGGAUGUGCGGAUGGGGCGUGACCCGGUGGCGCGCCCGCGGUGGAUCGUCAGCCACAGCUCGCUGUCUGACGCUUUGUAG